AUGACCAACGUACCAGCUCUUGACCCAGCGACCGUUUUGGCCGUUGCAAUCAUCGCACUUUCCCUGCUACUCAUCUCUUCCUACCUCACUACGAAUGACUGGACUCAGUCCAUUCCUCAAGCGCCGCAAGCACCCAUAUGGCGCCGUUUCUUCAUCGAACCAGACCACGACCAGCGAAAAGCAUGGGCAGACAGCGUCCCCAAUUCCGGUCUGAUCCUCUAUCGAGGCAUGUUCAACAAGCCCAAAAUCUUGCUCACCACUCCAGCAGCCAUUCAAGAAGUAUACCAAAGAGGAGCAGCAAACUCUAGGCGAAGACCACCAGAAGCAACGGAAACUUCUCCAACCGAUGUUUACACGCCGACAGAUCAAGAAUCAGUAUCCGCUCUUCUGGGCCAAACCCAAGAACUUGUCAAUCUAUUGCACAAGGCAGCAGCGACGGACAGCAGAGUCGAAAUCUCAGAACUCAUAAAUCGCACCACGUUAGACAUUGUCGGACAAGCAGGCUUUGGUCUUGACUUCGACUGUCUCGCAAAUCCGGACAACGAUCUUUGGAAAGAAUACGCUGCUGUCUUCCGAGGCGAAGGAAAUGGGGCGAGAGCAGGACUGGCAUGGACAAUGCUCGCGCACCUUUUGCCCGGGAAAAUCGUGGAGAAGUUUCCGACGAAAAGAAAUGAGCAGACUGCUAAAGCGGUAGAGGUAGUACGACGGCGAAUCGGAGGGGUGAUUGCGAAGAAAAAGGCUGAGAUCCUCGCGUCAGCGGAGGUGGGAAGGAAAGAUAGUAUAGUUGAUCGAGACGAGGGGGAGGAAGCUUCGAAUCUGUCAAAGGCUGCUAUAGGAGAAGGGCACAACGACAUCAUCUCCGCGUGUAUUAGUGAAGGCGGCAUCACGGAUUUUGAAAUGCUAGUAAACCAAGCACUGGGAAUCCUCGGAGCAGGCCACGAAACCAUCGCCCAAACGAUAUGCCUAGCAAUCUUUGAGCUAAGCAAAGACAAAACGCUGCAAACUCGUGUCCGCGCAGAAAUCAAGGAGCAUAUCCAAUCAAAAGAGGACUCCUCCUCUCUCGCAGCCACUCAUCUAGACCUCAUCACCUCCAUCCCACUCCUUACCGCAAUCUGCAACGAAACCCUCCGCCUACACCCUAUCAUCCCCGCCCUAGCCCGCGAACCCACACCCUCCGUAAACCUCCUCGGCCACCAAAUCUCCCAAGGCACAGUCCUUAUAAUCGUCCAGAAAGUCUUCAACCACAACCCCUCACUCUGGUCCCAAGACCCAUCCCAAUUUCUCCCCACCCGCUGGAUUUCCGAUCCCACAGGAGGAGCAAAAGAGCGUUUGGCGUUUAUGACGUUUGGAGAAGGACCGACGAUGUGCAUUGGAGAGAAAAUGGCAAGAGCUGAAAUGGCGAUUGUGUUGGCGGGUUUGAUAAGGGAGUUUGAGAUGGAGUAUGUAGGGCAGGGGAGGGAUGGGCAGAGGCAGAAGUUGGAGUUUGAUUGGGGGGGUUGUGUUGAUGAUUAA